AUGGCACGCUCCCUGGGGCAGCUGAUCAGAGACCACAAGGCUAGUCGCCGCAUCGCCAGAAACCGCCUGGUGGCCAAAAACGGGCACUGCAACAUCGAGUAUGGCAACAUCAACUACCGGAGCUGCUGCGCGUACCUGCAGGACUUCUGGACCACCUUCGUGGAGAUCCGCUGGCGCUUCAUGCUCCUGUGCUUCGUGGCCUCCUUCACUCUCAGCUGGUUCAUCUUCGGACUCAUCUGGUACUGGAUUGGCCUCAAUAACGGCGACAUGUGGUGGCAGAACCCGCCCUCGGACCACAAGCCGUGUGUGUUCAACGUUUUUGGCCUGACCAGCGCUUACCUCUACUCGCUGGAGACGCAGAUGACCAUCGGCUACGGUAUGCGAGUCCUAAGUCCGUACUGCCCCGGCGCCGUGGCCCUGGUCACCAUCCAGACCAUCGUCGGGGUGUUUAUUAACUGUUUCUGGUGCGGACUGUUCAUGGCCAAACUCACUCUGCCCAAGAAGAGAGCCAAAACCAUCACCUUCAGCACAAUGGCGGUCAUCUGCCCGAAGAACGGCGCCCUGACUCUGCAGAUCCGAGUGGCCAACCUGCGCAAGACUUUGCUGAUCGGCAGCCAGCUCUACGGCAAGCUCCUCAGGACGACGGUCAAUCCAGAGGGCGAGACCAUCAUCCUGGACCAGGUCAACGUCGACUUCAUCGUGGACGCCGGGAAGGACAGCCUCUUUUUCGUCUGCCCCCUGACCCUGCUCCACAUCAUCGACAAGACCAGCCCGUUCUUCAAGCUGUCCGUGGACACCCUGCUUCAGCAGGACUUCGAGCUGGUGGUCUUCCUGGACGGCACCGACGAGUCCACCAGCUCCUCGUGCCAGGUCCGGACCUCCUACAUCCCUCAGGAGAUCAAGUGGGGCUACAAGUUCCUUCCCAUCAUCUCCCGAAGCAAACAGGGGAAGUACAGCGUCGACUUCUCCAAUUUCGAAAGGGUGGAGGCCGUGCCGACCGCCCGCUGUCCGUCCUGCUUCUACAACGACCCGUGCCAUCACCACAACACUCGCAACGGCGUCGAUAACCAGGCUUUUGAAGUGACCGAAAUCCCGGACCAGAUCAGAGCUACUUGCAUGUGA